GCGCCUAUGAAAAACAACAACAAUCACUACAGCAGGGGAAAGAGAGACAUGACUCCUUGAAGCCCAAUACUUCUGGCCCUUAGCACAUUAACUUAGUAAUCCCAGCCGCUGCUAUUUCUACCGGAGCAUUAUAUGUCGAUGGUGCCGAGCCCAUGAACUUGGCCAGUCAAAGCGGGGAUGCUGGCGGAAGCCAGCUUCUCUUCGCCAACUUUAACCAGGACAACACGUCCUUAGCUGUUGGCACCAAAUCAGGAUACAAGUUUUUCUCCCUGUCCUCUGUGGACAAAUUGGAGCAGAUAUAUGAAUGUACGGACACGGAGGAUGUGUGUAUUGUGGAGCGUCUGUUCUCCAGCAGCCUGGUGGCCAUCGUCAGCCUGAAGGCCCCCAGGAAGCUCAAAGUCUGUCACUUCAAGAAGGGAACUGAAAUCUGCAACUACUCUUAUUCCAACACCAUACUGGCUGUCAAACUCAACAGACAGAGGCUGAUUGUGUGUCUGGAGGAGUCGCUUUACAUUCACAACAUAAGAGACAUGAAAGUGCUGCACACAAUCAGAGAAACUCCACCCAAUCCUUCAGGAUUGUGCGCCCUUUCCAUCAGCAAUGAUAAUUGCUAUCUAGCCUACCCAGGCAGUGCUACGAUAGGAGAAGUUCAAGUGUUUGACACAGUCAACCUGCGAGCGGCUAACAUGAUUCCAGCCCACGACAGCCCAUUAGCGGCUCUGGCUUUUGAUGCCAGUGGAACCAAACUGGCCACAGCUUCAGAGAAGGGCACAGUCAUCCGUGUCUUCUCAAUCCCAGAGGGACAGAAGCUCUUUGAGUUUCGAAGAGGAGUCAAGAGGUGCGUGAGCAUCUGUUCGUUGGCGUUCAGUAUGGAAGGCCUGUACCUGUCGGCCUCCAGCAACACAGAGACAGUCCACAUCUUCAAAUUGGAGACCCAGAAGGAGAAGUACGUGCCAGCGGAGGAGCCCACCACAUGGGGAGGGUACCUGGGCAAGGUCCUGAUGGCGUCCACCACCUACCUGCCUUCCCAGGUGACAGAAAUGUUCACCCAGGGACGAGCUUUUGCCACCGUGCGUCUGCCGUUCUGCGGACAUAAGAAUAUCUGCGCCUUAGCUGUGAUUCAGAAGAUUCCCAGGUUGUUGGUGGCAGCGGCUGACGGUUACCUGUAUCUGUACAACCUGGAUCCACAAGAAGGAGGGGAAUGCACACUGAUGAAGCAGCACAGGUUAGACGGCAGUGCUGAGCCGUCCAAUGAGAUCCUUGAGCAGGGGUCACAUGACCGCCCACUUGUUGCCCAAACCUACAGUGCUGCUGUCACUAAAGGUUACUGCGAAGAGCAGGGCGCCGUGGGAGGGGCAGGGCUAGAAGAUGACCUCAACGACUUGCGCUUAGAGGAAGAGAACGAGCAGCCACCACUCAUCCUUGAAACUGACUGACUGACUUAACGGACGACUGUACCCACCAAUCAGAGGGCUCCUCUGGUGCUGCUAUGAACAUGUGACACAAGGGGGGCAGGGGCAGGAUCAAAGACGAGGGGGGUGUUUUUAAACGCUAAAAGCGUUCAAGAGCCUGUCUGUAACUCUAUCUGUGCGUUCGUCUGUUCACAUACAUGUCGUAUCUCUUUGUUCCUCCCCUCCCUCAUUCCUCCACUCCCUUUUCCCUCAGUUUUGCCUGUGCAGGCCAAACUGACGCUUUGCAUGUACAUGUGCCAACUGCUAAAAACAUGCUCCAAUGUGAAAACGAGUAUCUGUGAGUGUGUGUUGGACGUUUGAUCAACAAAAAAAAACAAAUGUAGCUGUGUCUCCACUUAAGACACACACACUGACGCAAGCACUGUGUAAAAUGAAAGUGAUUGUGUAAGUGCCUCGCUGCCCCAGUGUCAUGGUUUCUUCUGUUUGAGAGGGGGACCUCUUUGCAUUGGCUUAAUAAAACCUAUUUUCAGUUGUUGGAUCUUAAUUGAGGGUGUGUACUUAUCUUUUCUCUCUCACACAUAGUCACACACUGUCCUGCGAGGAGUGUGGCGUCAGUCAUGUGGCCCAACUUUACCCUCCAAAGAAUGAUUUAGAAGCUUUUGGCAUGAGGCAGAGGUGUUUGCGAACAAGAGUGUGUGUCUGUGCGCUUGUGCUGAGACCUCAUUUGUGCGUGUGUAUGCUGGGCAUGUACAUUAGCAAAACACUAUAAGUAAUUAGCCUCCAUUUGCACCCCCUUGCCCCCUUUUACCUCAUCCAAACAGAGGCUCAGUGGACCUUCCCCCUUCCCCUCCUCAGGCCUGCAGUCAUUGGUUGAUUUUAAACUCUGAUAUUAAUGAUCUUUAUCUACAUAUCCAGUCAUAACCAAUAAUGUGUCAGGCGUAAGAAAACAUGCAUGGUGUUGUUGACGUGGUACUUUAUCCAUACAUCGAAGAUAUUAGAGUGGUGGUGAUCCAUUAAAGGCAGUCAGCAGAUCAAUUGAGAAAGGCAGGAAGCUGUCAGUGACAGUCUCCUCUUACUCCUCAUGUAUCUACUCUGUACAUUACUAGUUGUGGCAAGAUAUCACUGUACCAUAUUGACAGGUUACGACCAUGGCUUUGAGAUUUCACUCUCUCUGGGAUAGUGGGUGUUCGGCCAACGAGUGAACUGUGGAUUGUAACAUGGCUGAGCCUCAUCAACUGGUCCAGGACGCUGCAUGAUUCCCUAUUAAUCCUCUGGUGUCUGAAGCCGCUAAACAAGGAUUAGCCACGGGAUUUUUGAGUGUCAGGCAUUUUCUAAUGAUUUUGUAUAAAAUGUGAAACGUUCAUCUGAAACUAAAAUGAAAAUAAAUUCCAUGUUGAUGUAUGA